AUGUCUCAACUACUCUGCAUUUCUUCGAUUUUCCUGCUUUUCGCAGCUUCGGAAGCCGUUUUCACUCAAUCGGCUGGAGUAAAGGGAGUUCUGAUGUGUGGAGAUAAGCCACUGGCCAAUACGAAAGUCAAGCUUUAUGAUGAUGAUACUGGACCAGAUCUUGAUGACCUUCUUGCUGAAGGAACCACCGACUCUCUCGGUCAAUUCCUUCUUACCGGACACACUUCUGAAGUGAUGACCAUCGAUCCAAAACUAAAUAUCUACCACGACUGUGACGAUGGAAUCAAACCUUGCCAGAGAAGAGUCACUUUCAACAUUCCAAAAUCUUUCGUUUCCUCCGGAGAGAAUCCAAAAACCUUCUUCAAUAUCGGAACUAUCAACAUGCAGAUCGAAUUCGAAUCCGAGUCCCGCGACUGUCUUCACAGAAAAUAA